AUGGGUGCCAUUCCUGAAGUUGACCCCGAUGAGCCCGUCGAGACCAAGCCCUUCAAGUUCGUGACUGCUGGCUAUGACGCUCGUUUCCCCCAGCAGAACCAGUACGUGAUUUUCGCACACCUCUCCGCUCAAUCUGCCUCCCAGACCAAGCACUGCUGGCAGAACUACGUCGACUACCACAAGUGUGUCACCGCCAAGGGCGAGGACUUCCGCCCAUGCCGCCAGUUCUACCACGCCUUCCGCUCUCUCUGCCCCAAGGCCUGGACUGACAGAUGGGACGGCCAGCGCGAGGCUGGUAACUUCCCCGCUCGUCUCGACCGGUAG